UGUCUAAAUUUAGCAUCGAUGAUGUCAUAACGUAGAUCUCCAAAUUAAAAAUAGUAGCUACAGAAGGUAGCUCUACAAGAUGGCGGAACACAAGAAAAUUCUUGAGGAAUUGAUUCGAAAACCAGGAAACGGUAACUGUGCUGACUGUGGAAAAGAAAAUCCAGAAUGGGCGUCGUGUAACAUAGGAGUUUUUAUUUGUCUGGAUUGUUCAGGGGUUCACCGGGGGUUUGGUACAGAUGUCAGUCGGGUUAAGUCCAUCCGAUUAGACAAUUGGGAUGCAGAUCAAAUCCAGGUGUUGGCAGAGAAGGGCAAUACAAAAGUGAAUGAACAAUAUGAGAAAUGCAUUCCUCCAUAUUAUAGAAAGCCACAUCAACAUGACGUGGAAGUGCUGAAAUCAGAAUUUAUUAAAGCCAAGUACAGUAGGUUAGAAUUCAAAACACCUGAAGUCCCAACUGGCUACAACUGCCCAGUGAAAGAGGGGAUCAUGUGCAAAAGGGGUAGAGAUGAUAAGAAGUUUCAGAAGAGGAAAUUUGUGUUAUCAAGGGAAACCAACACAUUGUCAUACUAUGCUAAGGAAAAUAGUAAAAAGGAUGAAAAACCCAAAGCAGAAAUAAAUCUAGAUGACAUUAAUGUAGUUUUUGUUCCUGAUAAAAUUGGUAACCUGAAUGGCAUGCAGAUCACAUACUUCUACAGAGGGUCUACACGGAAUUUAUUUGUAUACACAGAUGAUCCCAAGGAUGCUGUAGACUGGUACAAUGCAAUCCGAGCAGCAAAGCUGGAGAGAAAGAAAGUGGCUUUCCCAGACAGGGAAGAGGCUGAUUUAGCGGAAGAACUCACCAGGGAUUUUAUCUUAGAAGGCUGGUUAAAGAAAAUGGGUCCCAGAAAUGAACCUUUCAAAAAGAGAUUCUUUACACUUGAUAAAAGGAAACUGAUGUAUCUGGAAGAACCAUUGCAACCUUAUCCAAAAGGAGAGGUGUUUAUUGGGCAUCGAGAUGGGGAUUUUUCUGUGAGCAUGGGCUGUACUGACAGCUGUAACACACAGGGCUAUGUGUUCACCCUUCAUACCCCAGAACGAGACUUUAUUCUUAGUGCUGAAACUCGGGAGGACAUGAAUCAGUGGAUUUGUGCAUUACAACGAGUAACGGAACUGCCCAUGACGCCGCAAGACAAUAGAUUGGCCAGUCUUUUGGUGCCAAAGAGGUCGGACUCGUUCCGUUUGUCAGUCCUACGUACAUGACAGGAGGAGAUUUUUGAUAUGUUGAAGUGAUAACCAAUGGUGCAAUUCUGGUUGGUGUGUUUUGUUUGCUGACUUUGUUAUAUUAUUUUAUUUGUUUGCAGCGAUGAGAGAAUGUACUAAUAUAAGUUUUUUCUCUUUGUAAUGUACAGUUCUAAUACAGUAUGAUGGUGGUACAGUGUAUGUGUUCAUUGAAUUAAGGGUUGUUCAAUCAAAACUGUUAGCAGUAUUUGUUGCCAUUGUAUCAUACAAAGCUUUUUUUCCCCCAAUCUGUUGCUAAAAUGUCUGAGGAUAAACAUAUAUUUCUUGCUCAACAUUGUACAAGGAAUUUGAAAUGAUAUGAGUGAUAAAAACUAUAUCAUAGUACGUGUAUAUUAUAUAAUUGUGAUUAUUUUGCCAUUUGGUGCUGACAAAACAAAAAUUUACAGGAUUUAGCCCAAGUUUGUAUCAGAAUAAAGUUACAUGAUUACCUUUUGUUUAUUUGAAAGAUUCAGAUAUGCUAUGCAAACGAUUACCAAAAUUUAAGGAAAAAUUAAGUUCUAUUCCGUUUUCAUUCCUGCUUGUCUAUAGAAAUGUGUAUAGGCAGCAAUGUACAUAGCAUGGAAUGAAAUGAAUACUGACUGAAUUUAAAAAUUUAAUGUCAUAAAGUUGCAUUCAAAUUCUGCAUGUGUGAGUGUAUAUUUAAAUAGAUAUACUACAAAGUAGAACACAUGAGAAAUGGCACUCAGAGAUGGUGUUUAAGUGCAACAUUUACAAGUGUAUAAUUCUAUUCCAUGGACUUCCUGAAUCAGUAUCUUCAAAAGAUGUCAAGUAUUUGUUAGAACUGAAUUUCACCUCAUAUGUUGAGAAUUUUUUUAUGCACCCCCCCCCCCCCCCCCCCCUUCAUUGGCAGAGAUCAAAGUGCACAAGAUCUCAAUUGCUCAGCAGGUCAGUAUGUCCAAGGUCACUACCAGGCCAGACGGGUUUUAUUUGUUUCCCACAUCUUAUGUGACGGUUAACUACAGAAUACAUCUUAUGUGAUGGUUAACUACAGAAUACAUUACAUCUCAGACUUCUAACCCAAUAGGCAGAUAUGUAUUGACAUGCAGAAAACUAUGGACAAUUGCUGUAACAAUACACACAUUAAGUCUGUUUUUCUUCUUCACCAUGCAGAUUAAAUUCUUCCAAUGGAAGACUACAGGCUUAUGAAACUUAGAAUGCAGAUCAUUUAAAUAUGUUCAAGGAUGUAAUUUUGUUAUUUAGAAUAUGCCCAAACUUGUUGCAAAUCUAUAUAUUUGGAGAUCUACAUGAGUAUAUAUUUUCAGAUUAUUUUAUUAUUAUUGUUCAUACUUGUAUAUAUGUAUAUACUGUGCAUUCCAUCGUUGUGCAUUCCAUGUUGUCAUUUAGUUUAAUAAACCUUAGUUGUUUAACAAUAUUUAUGGUAAUUCUGAUGGCAAUAAUAAAUAGUAUCAACAUAACCACAAAUUUUAUCUACAUGAAUGUAUCUCCCACAACUUGUGCAACGGAUGAUAUCUGCAGAACGCUUUACCUUGCAGACUUCAUACAGGAUAGACUGAUACAUUAUCCCAGUUUGUCCAAGGUCACUAACCAUGCCAAACAGGUGUUAUAUGUAGAAGUUGUUACUUUUUGCAGCAAACUGGUUACCAAAUAGCUGUCAAGGCUGUUGAUAUUUCUUCUCAAGUAUAGCUACAUUUCAAGUCAAUAUGUCUAUUACCUUCUCCAGUACAGCUGCAAGUCAACAUGCCUAUUACCUUCUCCAGUACAGCUGCAAGUCAACAUGUCUAUUACCUUCUCCAGUACAGCUGCAAGUCAACAUGUCUAUUACCUUCUCCAGUACAGCUGCAAGUCAACAUGUCUAUUACCUUCUCCAGUACAGCUGCAAGUCAACAUGCCUAUUACCUUCUCCAGUACAGCUGCAAGUCAACAUGUCUAUUACCUUCUCCAGUACAGCUGCAAGUCAACAUGUCUAUUACCUUCUCCAGUACAGCUGCAAGUCAACAUGCCUAUUACCUUCUCCAGUACAGCUGCAAGUCAACAUGUCUAUUACAAAUGUUGCUCUAGUGGUACCAAAGAAAUGUUGUUAUUUAGAGCAAUCUGAAUUCCACUGAGGCCAGCAUGGCUUUUGAUUGGCUGAGACAGAAGUAAAUUCUGCUCCUGAAUAUAUAUGUAUAUGGCUUUUAACUGGCUUUGACAAAAUCCACUUCUGCAGAAUAGCAAUAUGCAAAUUUAUUUUAACUUCCAAGAACUAGUUACAUAAAUGAAUAAGAUACGGUGAGCGAUUCAGGCUCUUAAGAAUCUGUAAUGAAUGUAAAUUCAUCCUAGCCAAGAACCAUUGGAAAAAUUGUUGGUUUACAAAUAAUUACCCCCCCCCAAAAAAAAAAGGGAAAUCUCACUCAAACGACACUGCUUUGACAAAACAGAUAAGAUAAGAUGUUUAGAUUGAAAUUUGGUUUAUUAGUCAUUGUUGAUUUUAAAAUGCUAAGAGAUGUGCAGUGCUGCUCUUUCAAUGUAAAUUCAGGGAAUUUGUGUAAAUUUAAAGUUUGUUUUGGUUGUGCAUGAAAUGAUGGAUGUUAAAAUUUUGAAAUAUUCUUUAAGUUAGAUUUUGCUUUCUUGGUUACACAGCUCUAUCUAUAUCUUAUAUUUUCAGUGCAAUGAUUCAAAUAUUUUGUACUACAGCAAAAUUUCAUUUGAUAUUAAAGUAAUGUACAUACUA